GCACACGCGGGGGUGUCACCGUGUCACUGUUAACGCGCACAAGGGGCAGUGUUCGGGGAGGCUCUGUAAAUCACUUUUUUGUCCCCCCCAUUCCUGUUGAGUGGACUAGCUUCAGUCUCGGCUCCCACAUCAGAAGAAACGUCAGUGUUUGAUUCGGGGCUUGCCUCAAUCUUUCGCGGGAGUGUCCUCCCCCUCUCCUCCCUCUCCCCCUCGUCCCCGGCGGGGCCAAAUUUGGACCACCUGCGUCUGCGCUCGGCUGUUUGGCAGUUUUCGAAGCGAUUCCUCCCUUUGAGCUCACUUUAAGUAGAGUUGCUACGGUUCACACGGGGACUAUCUGUGAAGUUGGCCCGCAGCGGAGACGAUAUGUUUUGCCGUAAUCAAACAGCGAGGGCGACCGUCGCCCGCGGCUCUGCUCUUGAAAUGGAGAUACGGCGAGGCAAGUUCAGAAAGAGCGUUUUCCUGGACACAUCACAGGACAGCGAUAUCCAGAAGAAGAUUGACCAUGAGAUCCGGAUGCGUGACGGGGCCUGCAAGCUGCUGGCCGCCUGCUCCCAGAAAGACCAGGCGUUGGAGGCGGCAAAGAGCCUGCAGACCUGCAGCACUCGUAUCAUGGCCUACAUGUCGGAGCUGCAGAGGAUGAAGGAGGCUCAGGUCAUGCAGAAGGUAACGCGGAGGUCUUCGGACGCAGGGCCGAUGGACAACAGACUCCCGUGCAAAGGAAAAGUGGCCAUCUCAGAUCUUCGGAUCCCUCUAAUGUGGAAAGACACGGAGUACUUCAAGAACAAAGGAGAGCUUCAUCGGUGUGCCGUGUUCUGCCUGCUGCAGCUGGGAGGAGAGAUCUUCGACACAGACAUGGUGAUAGUGGACAGGACACUUACCGACAUCUGCUUUGACAACACCAUUGUAUUGUAA